AUGGCUUCAUUGCUUCGGGUCCUGGCGCCUUUGGCUGUACUCCUUGGGCAUACCCUUGCCCAUCCCCAGGAUGCAGUUCGCCGGGCCAACGUCGCCGUGUCCAAUACUGGAAGUUCACUGACAUAUGUCUUCCAAAACAAUCUAAAUGCCUCGGACGACGCCAACCAUGUCGGGGCAAUUCUGCUUGACCCUAUGUCAGCAUCUGCCGGAUCGGCUGCUUGUCAGGCUUUGAGCGAGACACUUUUGACUCAAGCUACCAUUCAGAAUUACAGCAGUGACUUCUCGUCCGCAUUGUCAUACUUGGCAUACUCCGGAAGAGUGUCCCCUAACCAGGUGUAUCACAUUGCCGACGGCAGCCUGCAAGUGUCCCCUCAAGCGCAGCUCUCUUUUCCCGCGGUGCAACAGGGCAACACUGCUUUGCCUGUCCUUUGCACUCAAUCAAGCAACGUAAGCCAGCCUUCAAACUCGACCGUGAGCGCUUCAAAUCAAAUUAUCGUGGCGGUAGCAGGCAACACAUAUGUCGGCUAUCGGAAUCAGAAAUCGUUUCGUUUCCUGGGCCUCCGAUAUGCUGAUCCGCCCCAGCGAUGGGUAUACUCUCAUCUAUACACUGGGACUGGCAAAACAGUGAAUGCAACCGCUUAUGGUGCGCAAUGUUCUCAGCCAUCUGUCAACGGCACGAGUGAGGAUUGCUUGUUCCUCAACAUCCAGACGCCCUACAUUCCCAAAUCUGGAUCAUCCAAGAACCUGCGACCCGUCUUGUUUUGGAUCCACGGUGGAGGAUUCACUGGCGGCACUGGGGCCGACCCGUUAAGCGAUGGUGGUAACCUAGCUUCUCGAGAAGAUAUUGUUGUCGUAACCAUCAAUUAUCGGCUGUCAACUCUGGGAUUUUUGGCUAUCCCUGGCACUAAUAUCAAAGGUAACUUCGGUAUCGGAGAUCAGAUCGUCGCCUUAAAUUGGACCGUUCAGAAUAUUGCCAAGUUUGGCGGAGAUCCAACGAAAAUUACCAUCAUGGGUGAAUCUGCCGGAGCUGGCUCGGUCCGAACUCUUCUCGGGAGUCCCCCUGCUAUUGGAUUGUUCCAGGGCGCAGUAGCUAUGUCCAACUUAGGCGGCGGAGUGACCCUUGGCCUUGACAGCAACUAUGGCACCCCUUACUCGUCUUACUACACAGUCAACGAGUCGUAUACAGUCGCCGGGCCCCAGAUCUUUAAUGCGUCAAAUUGUACCCAGCAGACAUUGAGUGGCAAGAUCGCGUGUCUCAAGAAGGUCAAUGCCACAGCCCUAGUGAAUCUAGGGACGGUUGCAAGAUAUGUCGUCCAAGACGGUACCAUUGUCAAUUCCUCUGAACUUAAUGUGGUCAAGAAGAAUGCGGGAAGCGCAUAUGUCCCGAUCAUGUUUGGCAAUGCCGCAAACGAUGGCGCCUCCUUUUCUACGAUAUCUCCGACACUGGUGCACAACGAAACACAGGGGCUGAUGGCUGGUCUGAGGAUCAAUGCGUCUUAUGCACAAGCGAUCAUUCGCUCCGGCUUGUUCCCCUAUUACAGCACUGGCAAUAUGACCUUUGAUUCCUUCAAUGUAUCACAGCGUGUCGCGACCGACACCACUUUCCGCUGCAUCGAUCAAGCAACAGUAUAUGCUGGCGCAGAAACUGGGGCGUUUCCUGCAGCCUACUACUACCAGUUCGAACGAACGAUCAACGGAUACAACCCGGAGAAUGUCUCCGGCGCGCCGGUCACGCCCGACUAUCCUCACGGCAAUCCAAACUUGCCCUACUUCAAGCUCCAUGGCGCCGAUAUGGACUGGGCGUUUGGCAACUUCUACGUUCCCCUAAGAGAUGCCAAUGAUCUUUAUUCCGUACAAUUGGUCAGCGCAUACUUUGCAGAAUUUGUGAGAAGCGGCCAGCCUAAUCCGCCAAUUCCUUACCUUCAAGCGAGAGGAUAUACCAAGACCUUACAAGGCGUCCAGGCAUCGGGACCUUGGGAGAAAGUGUCGAAUGCCACAGGGCCCAUUAAGCACCUAGACUACCCCGCGGCGAGCGGUGUCUUCGUUGAUUUGCCCCAAUGUGCGUGGCUCAACUAUAGCAUCAGCUAUUACCUCGAGCAGUAA